UGAAGUGAAUGUCAGUGAAUCAGCUGUUCGGUUUAUUUCGUGUAGGAGUAAUCAGCUGAUUAUCAUCAUCAUGAACGAAUUGACAGAUGAGACCUUGAAAAUUCCACCGCGUAAAUAUGAGUAUUUAGAUCAUACAGCUGAUGUUCAAUUACAUGCAUGGGGUGAAACAAUGGAAGAAGCAUUUGAACAGUGUGCAAUGGCCAUGUUUGGUUAUAUGACAGAGCUUGAGACAGUCGAGAUAAAGCAGGUGCACGAAAUAGAAGCCAACGGACAUGAUCUACAAAGCCUAUUAUUUCACUUUCUUGAUGAAUUAUUAUUUUUAUUCAAUGCAGAACCAUUUCUGAUUGCUAAGAAAGUUGAAAUAACAGAAUUUAAUCGUGAUGAAUUUAAAAUAAAAGCAAAAGCUUACGGUGAAGAAUUCACACUUGGUAAGCAUCCUCAAGGUACAGAAGUAAAAGCGAUAACUUAUUCGGCGAUGCAAAUACUAGAUAGACCAGAAGUUGAACGCCCUGAACUGUUUGUCAUUAUUGAUAUAUAAUAAUUUUGAGAAAUUUUUGCAAUAUAAGACAUAUUUUUUUACUCUACAAUCUUUUUGGAUCACCCUUGGGUUUUAAGCAACUGGGAAGGGCACACUUUAAAUGCCCAAGAGGGGAAAGAAUUUCAUGGCGAAUGGAACAAGAAUAAUAUAGGCCUUACGUCUCUGUAGUCUUCGUCCCUUUUGUAGUCGUAUGGAGUUUUGAAUAAAUACGUUA